AUGGCCAACCUAGCUGCUCCGCAGGCGCCUCCGCGCUGGGAUCACUCACCCGAAGAAGUCGUUGCCCUCAUGAAGGCGGCAAUAGAGGCGAGGAAAGAACUAGAUGACCGUGUUGGCACUCUACAUGCGGAUGAGUGCACAUUUGAAUCGGUCUUCGUACCCCUCGCAGAAGGCGACGGAGAACUGCUCGCCAUGUCUGAAUACAUGAUGUUCUACAAGGAAGUUGCACCUUCCGAUGCCCUGCGCGAGGCCUCGGAACAGGCUGCGAAGCUUUAUAAUGACUUCACAGUCGAGAACUCAAUGCGACUCGAUGUCUUCCAUGCCAAGGCUGCAGCGGAGAAGAACAUCCGUGCAUCGGGCAGGUGGGAUACCCUCACUACGGAAGAGAAGCGCCUUGUCGAACAGAUGGUCCUGGAUGGAAAGCGAUCCGGGUUAGCGCUACCGGAUGAGGAGCGCGAGGAGCUGGUGAAGCUCAAGAAGGAGUUGGUGGCUGUGUGCGCCGAGUUUGGGAGAAACCUAAAUGAAGAAAAUGGGCACAUUUCGUUUACACUAGAAGAGCUGGACGGUGUACCUCAAAGCGAUAUGGACGGGUACACCGAGAAGAAUUAUGAAGGCACAUCGGCGUUGUUUGAAUGCUCACUGACCCCAUCCGACAUCGUGCCUAUUAUCAAGUUCGCGCACAGCCCCGCCACGCGCCAACGCGCCUUCGAAGCCCGCGAAGGCCGUCUUGCGAUCAAUGCACCCCUAUUUGACCGAGCACUCGAGCUACGCCGACAGAUCACGAGCAUGCUCGGGUAUGCAUGCUGGGCGGACUAUAUCACGGAAGUCAAGAUGAUUAAGACCGGAAAAAACGCAGCAGAUUUCUUAGACGAUCUUACGGAGAAGCUUCGCCCGAUUGGCGAGCGCGAGAGGAAGACGCUGCUUAGGUUGAAGAAAGAAGAGUGUGAGAAACGCGGACUGCCGUUUGAUGGGUGCUUGAACGUCUGGGACGAAAGUUACUUUACGCGCAUCUUUAUUGAGUCGACGCUUCAUUUUGACACGGCGCCCUUAAAGGAGUAUUUCCCCGUUGCAGUCAUUGUACCCAAGAUCCUCGACAUCUACCAGAACCUUCUCGGCGUUCAAUUUACUGAGGUGGACGAUGCUCACAAGCAAGUUUGGCACCCUGACGUACGCCAGUUCGAGGUCUGGGAAAAGGACGCCAAGACAGAAGAGGAUUUCAUCGGUCAUGUCUACCUUGACCUCUACCCUCGGCCCAAUAAAUUCGGCCACGCUGCCAUCUGGCCCUUCACCACAGCACGCUACAUGCCCACCCAAGACGGCACAUGCGGGAAACGGGUCUACCCGGUCACCGCAAUCGUUGCAAACCUCGCGAAGCCAAGCCCUGAACGGCCGGCGCUCGCGUCACACAUGGAUGUAUGGAUAUUCUUCCAUGAGAUGGGACAUGUAUUUCACUGUCAGCUCUCGCGCGGUGUCCGGUUUUCUCGCUUCAGUGGCGUCUCAGUUGCUGGGGACUUCGGGGAGGCGCCGAGCCAGAUGCUGGAGAACUGGUGCUGGGAGCCGAGUAUACUUGAGCGGAUGACGAGCCACUAUCAGACCGGGGAUCCAAUGCCGAGAGAGAUGAUCGAGAAACUCGUGAAAUCGCGAUACAUGAAUGUGGGGUUGUUCCAGCUCCGUCAGAUCUCAAUCGCACGAUAUGACAUGAAGGUUCACAUUGACAAGGAGGUCAGAGAUGCGAUAAAGCUCUGGAACGAGCUACGCGAGGAGAUCGCGCUCGUUAAGAGCGGUAACUACCAGCCGGGCCAUGUUACCUUCCCACACAUGCUCGGAGGAUGGAACGCGGGCGCCAGCUAUUAUGGAUACCUCUACUCCUUGGUGUACGCGGCGGACAUGUACACCGUUUUCAAGCCAGAUCCAUUUAGCCCUGAGCUAGGGAGGCGAUACCGAGACGAGAUCCUGAAUGUUGGUGGGAGUAGGGACGAGAUCGAGUCGUUAACGCGAUUCUUGGGUCGUAAGCCCAUCGCGAAUGCGUUUAAGGACGUCGUGUUUGCUGCUGUGAAGUCUAUCGGGGAGUGA